AAGGGCGUCGUCUUUGUGACGUCAUAGGGCGAUGACGGCCGCUCGUCAUCAGAGGCGCCCGUGCCUUCUCCUUUCCUUGCGUGCGCCGCCUUUCAGAGGAGCCUGGCAGUACUCGGUCACAGUCGCCGAACCGAACAGAACCGAAGCCGAGCGGGGCGGGAGCCGAAACCCCCGAUGAGCCUGCAGCAGCGAGGCCGGGCGGGCUCUGCGCGGGCCACCGGGAGCUAGGGCCGGGCGGGGGUGCAUUGGCCGCGGCUCCGGCCGUCCGUCAUCGCAUCAUGGUCGUGGGCAAAGUUCGGGCGCUGGCUGUCUGCUUCGACACGUUGAACGACAGCAACGCGCCGGUCUUCUCCGGCGGAGAGCUGGUGUCCGGCCGCGUUCUGGUGGACGUGGCCGGCGACGUGCGGGUCCGCAGCUUGGCCGUGACUGCGCGCGGGGUAGCCAAGGUCCGCUGGACCGAGUCCCGCAACGCCGCCGCCAGCACUGCCUACACGCAGAACUACACCGAGGAGGUGGAGUACCUGCACCACCGGGAUGUCCUCAUCGGGAGUGCCGAGGAGCGAGAUGAGGAGGACGCGGCGGCGGACGAAGGCGGCGUGACCAUCCUGCACGCCGGCCUGCACGAGUUGGCCUUCAGCUUCCAGCUGCCGCAGAUGGCGCUGGCCACGUCGUUCGAGGGCAAACACGGCAGCGUGAGGUACUGGGUGAAGGCGGAGCUUCGCCGCCCGUGGAUGCUCCCCGUCAAGGUCAAGAAGGAGUUUGUCGUCUUCGAGCACAUCGACAUCAACACGCCCCUGCUGCUGGCUCCUCAAGCCGGCAGCAAAGAGAAGACCUUAUGCUGCUGGUUGUGUGCGUCGGGUCCCAUCUCGCUCAGCGCCAAGGUGGCCCGCAAAGGCUACACGCCAGGCGACUCCAUCCAGAUCUUCGCCGAGGUGGAGAACUGCUCCACCCGCGUGGUGGUACCCAAGGCGGCUCUGUACCAGACCCAGACCUUCUUCGCCAAAGGCAAGGGCAAAGAGAUCCGGCAGCUGGUGUCCAACCUGAGGGGCGAGGCCCUGGCUCAGGGCAAGAGUCAGAGCUGGGAGGGCCGCGUGCUCAAAAUCCCACCCGUGUCGCCGUCCAUCCUCGACUGCCCCAUCAUACGCGUCGAGUACGCCCUCGUGGUGUACGUGGACGUUCCGGGCGGACUGAACUUGUCGCUGUCACUGCCGUUGGUAAUUGGGACCAUCCCCCUGCACAACGCCACUUCUCGUACUUCCAGCAUCAGCAUCAGCAGCAGCGGCAGCGCCUCCACCUGGGCGGGAGUGGCAGAGCGGCCCGAGGGCGGACCCUUAUCCGGAGCCGGCAGCGUGUCCGUCACGCUGAAGAGAGGAAAAAGUCCGACGAUUCAUCGAUGGAUGAGGAUUCCCGAGAUGCUCUUUGCACAUGAGAGCGAGCGAGCGAACAUUUUUGGGGGGAAAAGACUGACACGGACGUCACUCGACGCACUUAAACAUGAAUGUGUGCACAUGGGCGGAGCUAAAAGCACAAACGACCAAUUUCAAAGAACCACAAGUCGCCUGUUUUGACGUUUGCUCCCAGCAAAAUAUUCUUCCUUACGAUAAGAAGUAAACGACUUUUGGAUGAGAGCGUAUGACAAAAAGUUUUUAAAAAAUUAAAAAAAAAGAAUGAAAAUGUUUACUGGGUAAUUCCAUCAAACGUCCUUUCAAUGUUUGGGAGAUGACAAAAGUGCAAUAUUUUUUUCAUAUUUUGAGCUGUCCUUUUUUAUGCUGAACUUUUUCAUAUCUGUUGCUCUUUUUGAUCUCUGUGCUUUAGUUACUGUUGUGAUCUUGCUGUCAUGAUCAACUCUUGAUUCCAAAAAUAAAGUUUUAUUUUAUUUAAAAAAAAAAAAAAAAAAGGUUGAUGAACUCAUUGGUUGCCAUUAAUGACUAGACAUGUGCCGACUACCAGUUUCAAGGUAUACCGUGGUAUGAAAACGCUAAGGUACAGUGGGGCAAAUAAGUUUUUAGUCAACCACCAAUUGUGCAAGUUCUCCGACUUGAAAAGAUUAGAGAGGCCUGUAAUUGUUGUCAACAUGGGUAAACCUCAACCAUGAGAUGUGAAGAAAAGAAAAUCACAUUGUUUGAUUUUUAAAGAAUUUAUUUCCAAAUUAGAGUGGAAAAUAAGUAUUUGGUCACCUAGAAACAAGCAAGAUUUCUGGCUGUCAGAGGUCUAACUUCUUCUAACGAGGCUCCACUCCGCUAAAUUCAGAUUUCACCAUUAUAAUUGAAAUUUAUGUCAAAAUACUUUGCAUCUGAUGUGGUUUGUUCUCAGAUGAACAACAAGUUGAGGAAGUUUUGAUAUAGACUGAGUCACAGCCAGAAAGUGUUGAUGACAGUGUUGAUUACUAUUCACUUUUCCUCCCUCCCAAUUAAAGUCUGUCACAAUCAUAGCCAAUUAUACUGUAAAGCUGGUUAAAAUGGAAUUGAUGUUGUUGUAAGGUGUAUUAAAUACUUGCUCA